UUAAACGGGUUACAGUGCAAGACGUCAAUUCGCUUGAAGAAAAAAUAUAAAAAAAUUGUAAAAGUUAAAAAAGUUGAACAAAAAAGAUUCUAGGUUAUAAAAUAAAUAGCAUUUUUGUGUAAAAGGAUUGUCAAAUAAAUCAACAAACAAAUUCCCAGAAAUAUCUUGUGGGAAGUUUGCGAAUAGAAUUCAUUAUUAUUAAAGGAUAUUAAAUAAAACAUGAGAACUUCUACUGUUAGCCGAUAUGCUUUGCGUUUGACUUUUGGACAGUCUUCAGCAUCGACACCGAACAGCUUUACCACAACUGCCACCGGUAAUCCAGAUCGUGUCAUAACUCGUUCUGCUACCUGUUUGGCUUUGUUCGGUAUCGCUUUGUCGUCGUUCAGUCUCAAACAAAUGUUGAGCACCGGUGCCAACAAAUCUCCAAUUAUGCGCAAAUUUUAAACUCUCCCCCCGUCAUUCGUUCCAUUUACUAUUUGAGCCAUAAGGAGGCUCUUUGUGUAUAUUUCUUAUUAUUUUAUUUGCUGCUGCGAUUCAUAUCUACAAAAUACAUAUAUACAUAUUUCAUUGGAUCAUAAAUCACAAAAUGGAAAUGAUUGGAGGAUUUUGUUAAGAAUGAUAAAAGGAGAUGGAUGGUAGGAGUGAAAGUGCAGAAUACAAUGACGUCCGCAAACAGAACAUUUAUCAUGCUACUUUGGAAAGGAAAACAGAAUAAAGAAGAAAAUACCCACAGCUCUAGAGAUGGACAAAUGUAGAGUUUUGCAAAGACCUAAUGCAGAACUAGCAGGCGCCGAAUUUAGAGAGUGGUAGUCAAGGAAAAGAAAAACACAUCACAACCAACAAUCAAUUGCACAAAAUCACGGAAUACACUAAAAACCCAAAACAUGGAAGAUGAAUAUGGAAAAUGGCAAAGAAUAUGACCCAUAAGACAUGCAGAUAUUUCUAUUGUAAAUCUGUGUAAUGUGUAAAAAAGAAUUAUGAAAAUACUCGAGUAUUAGCAACAAUGUACAAGCCACGAACGGAAAUGUAGCCAGCAAUGUAAGCCAGUUUGUAUAUAAGAGAGAAAAACAAGAAUUUUGGCCAGUUGCUAUAAAAACAUAUAAUGAUUUUAUAAACAAAAGACAAAUUUGUGUCACCUUUAUUUAGUUUAAAGAUUUUUUGUGUUUAUAUUUUAUUGUCAAUUUCAUUAACAUUAUUAUUCUAGAUUUACUGGCAAACGUUGUAGAUUUGUAAGUAGGGCCAUUAUCAUGAGCAUAACUUAAUCUUUUGACUAAAUUCUAAUCUCUUUACACGAAAUUUGUCUUUUGUUUUGAAAUAAAAAAUGGUGAAAAAUACCAAUUCUUAAAAGAAAAACAAAUUUUAAAACAUUUUUAUAUAUUGUAUGUGCGUGUUGUAGAGAAAAUACUUUUGUCCUUGGUUUGUAUUUCCCAAAUUCCUUUUUUUGGUUGUAAUUUCAAAUAAAUUGUUUUGUGUAUUAAUUAUGAAGACAGCUUACAAUAAUAAAAAUGGUACUAUUAUUUUUUCGAAAUUCCUUUUUUA